GCAGCACUGCCCUCACCUAGCCGACUCCGCGCAGGAGGAGGUCACCCCAUUUAUUGAUGCACAGCCACACCACAAUUCGGGCUCUACUGCUCACUUGUAGCGCCAUUACUGCAUGGGCAGCGGAGAACUCUGAAUGUGGGAUAGAGUGUAGACUGACGAGACGGCCGUCGAUGGUACCCAAGCGACUGCGGAGAGAGCAACUCACCUACCACUUAAGGUACGGGAGAGCUCGACUGGUACUGUACAACACCUCAUCGUCGACUUUUAUGGGAGGUCCUAUAGGAGGUUCUACAUCAUUGGCUUCAUCUGCUAUGAUCGAUAUCCCGACUACUAUGUCAACGUAUGUGGCAGCGGGGACAUGGAGCUGUGACUGGCCUUCUUUUAACUAACCUACCUACCUCAC